AUGUCCAAGUCAUGGUUCGAACGCAAAGGCAAGAAUCCCCGUUCAAAGGACAUCAGUAACCAACCCAGCCCUCAAUCAAACGCGUCAAGCCCAAGCACAAGCAGCCGCUCUGACAGAGUGCGCGAUACCGCCAUUCCGAUUCUCGACCUCGUCGCCAACAUCUCAGAAGCAUCUGAUGCGCUUGCCUCUCUCAAAGCGGCAUGUAGAGCUACAAAGCAGAUCCUCGAGAUAGCACGCGCUGUCCAGAACAACAAAAAAGAUUGGAAACGUCUUGCUGGGCGGCUACAAGGUCAUUUGGAGUCGAUGGAGGGCCAGAUAACCAUAUUCGAGGAGCAUCCAGAGAAGAACCACCAGGUGGACGACUCGGUCGGGCACUCGGCUUAUGGUCUGGACAGAAAGCUCGAUGAAAUACAGAGAGCAAUCGAAGCACAAACCAGGUCGCGGCUGUUGUCUCGAGCAAUGAAAGUUGACAUGGACGCAGGAGAUAUUCGAGAUUUUCAUCAAGACAUUGACGAUUGUCACCAAAGGCUUACGGCUGCUCUAGCUGUAUCAUCUUCGCUUCAUAUUCAAGCCGUCAAAGGGGACACCGAAGUUUUAAGAGCGGAUACACAAGUCAUCAAAGAAGAUACUAAGACUCUAUUGAAGGAUGCGGACUUGGUGAUCAUCUCUCAACUGCCGAUUGUUCUCUCGACGUCUUCCAUGAUUCACAAUAGCUGCAAUCCGGGAACUAGAGAAGCUGUUCUCGAUUCGAUUCGUCGGUGGGGAGAGGGCGAAUUCGCUGAGCCCAUCUUCUGGCUCUGCGAUAUCGCCGGCUCCGGGAAAUCGACAGUAUCAACGAGUAUGGUCACAAUCUGGAAGCAGGCAGGGCUGCUCGGUGGUUACUGGUUCUUCUCAAUCGCCAGCAACGAGGAGUCGACCAUUGUCAAGAUGUGCCCAACCUUCGCCAGGCAGAUGUUCGAAAACAUCCCAACGCUAGCCCCAUCUAUUGUGGAUGCGGUCAAACGAUACCCUUCGAUCAUGUCAUGUACCUUUGAGGAGCAGUUCAAAAAGCUGAUCGUGGAGCCAACGAAACAUCAGAACAAGCGCGUCAUCUUGGUCAUCGACGCGCUCGACGAAUGCAUGUCUGGACUACAACGAAGAAAGCUCAUCGAAACACUUUCCACCGCCAUUCAGGAAAGCCCAAAUCUAAAGAUAUUCAUGACAAGUCGACCAGACCCUGUCAUCCAAGCGACCUUGGGGUCGCUUUCAAUCAAAGCCAAGAUGGAGGACCGGUUGCACGAUGCCAGACAUCGUGAUAAUAUCGAUGACAUCGCAAUCUAUAUAGAGCAACUGAUCAACGGGAUGCUGCCGGAGGAGAAGAAGCGACGACUGGUCAAAAAUGCCAAUGGGUUGUUCAUCUGGGCCAGCACCGCGUGUCGAAUGCUGAAAAGCGAACCGACAUUGGAUACCCAUGAGGGGAUAUAUGAACGCCUAGUCUCAGUGGACCAGACCGGGGAUAUAGACGAGAUAUACGACCUCAUUUUCGAGCGGGCAGACCCGAAAUCUCUCACGACGAUAUGUAGCAUGCUAGCUAUAUUGCUUGCUUCAUAUGAGUCGCUCGCUGUGGACGACUUCGAGGACCUUCUCAAACACGCUGGAGUACGCGGGAGCGUGAAUGCCCUGGUUCAGAAUUUGGGAAGCGUACUUAGUGUAGACCCAAAUACAAGGCAAAUCCGAUUCCGUCAUCCCACUCUGGUCGAGUACCUUCGACGCCGCUCCCAAGCUUCAGCCGUCGAUAGCCAUAACAAGGUCUAUAUCAACGUGGUCAAUGCACACGGUCAAACGGCGUCGUGGUGUCUAAAACGCCUCAAUUCACCGACCGAAGGUGUCAAGUUCAACAUUUGCCAAAUCGAGUCAUCUUUCUAUCCGAAUAGGCAGAUAGCGAACCUUGACGCGAGGAUAUCAGAGUUCAUUCCAAGAAAACUUGGAUACGCGAGCUCGCAUUGGUUGUUUCACUUGGCGGAAACGGAUAAUAAGUGGCGAGGUACGCUCAAGAGGGAAGUAGAGCGCAUUAUUCAAAUCCCACGUGUGUUUUACUGGAUGGAGAUCUUGAGCUUCAUGGGAAAUGUGCCACGAGCGAUUGCCGGACUUCGAGCCGUUACACGCCAUAGAGGGCUCGAAGAAGACACCAGAAGCCGUAUGACGGAGAUUCGACGGUUUAUUAUGACGUUUUCGGUGCCGAUCCAGGAAAGUGUGCCACAUAUCUACAUCUCUGCGAUUCCGUUUUCGCCUCAGAACUCAAGAAUGCAUAUAGAGGGACUAAAAACGUAUGCGAGCUGUUUAUCUGCGACUCGAGGGGUUGAGGAGGUGUAUCCCGUACUUCCCAGAUCUCUUCGAGGUCACCAAGGCUUGAUCAGCGCUGUCAUAUUUUCCCCGGAUGGGUCGCGAAUCGCUUCUAGCUCGAUUGAUAAGACGAUUCGACUGUGGGACGCAGACGCUGGUCAACCAUUGGGAGAGCCACUGCGAGGUCAUGAAGGUCAUGUCUUUGACAUCGCAUUCUCCCCUGACGGCUCACAACUCGUUUCUUGCUCGGAUGACAAGACAAUUCGACUUUGGGAGGUAGACACUGGUCAGCCGUUAGGCGAGCCCUUCCAAGGUCACGAAUCCACAGUUUUGGCCGUCGCAUUCUCACCAGACGGCUCACGAAUUGUGUCUGGAUCGGAAGAUAGCACAAUUCGACUUUGGGAUACGGAUACUGGCCAGCCGGUAGGCGAACCACUCCACGGUCACGAAGGCGCAGUAAACGCGGUCGCGUACUCACCAGACGGCUCAAGGGUCAUCUCUGGCUCGGACGACCGGACGGUUCGACUUUGGGACGUAGAUACUGGUCGAAUGGUGGGAGAUCCAUUUCGAGGUCACAAAAAAGGGGUGAACUCCGUUGCAUUCUCUCCAGCAGGCUUGUGGAUUGUGUCUGGCUCAUCUGACAAGACAAUCCAACUUUGGGACUUAGACACACGUCACCCAUUAGGAGAACCGCUCCGAGGUCACAGAAAAUCAGUCCUAGCCGUCAGAUUCUCGCCAGAUGGCUCACAAAUCGUUUCUGGUUCGUGGGACAGGACGAUUCGACUGUGGGCCACAGACACUGGCCGGGCAUUGGGAGAACCACUUCAAGGUCACGAAGGCGAGAUAUGGACCGUAGGUUUCUCGCCCGAUGGUUUGCGAAUCGUCUCCGGUUCGGUUGACACAACGAUUCGACUAUGGGAAGCAGAAACUUGUCAGCCUCUGGGGGAGUCACUCCAAACUCACGACGACGCCAUCUUAUCAAUCGCAUUCUCCCCAGAUGGCUCUCGAAUUGUCUCCAGCUCGAAAGACAAUACAAUCCGACUUUGGGAAGCAGACACCGGUCAGCCUUUGGGAGAGCCACUUCGAGGGCACACCGGUUGUGUCAAUGCCGUCGCAUUCUCUCCGGAUGGCUCACGAAUCGCCUCUUGCUCGGAUGACAAUACGAUUCGACUAUGGGAGGCAGACACCGGUCGGCCUUCAGGGCAGCCACUCCAAGGUCAAACCGGCCCGGUGAUGGCCAUCGGAUUCUCGCCUGAUGGUUCACGAAUUGUCUCUGGCUCCUGGGACAAGACGGUUCGACUUUGGGAAGUGGGCACUGGCCAGCCUCUAGGGGAGCCCCUCCAAGGUCACGAAUCCACGGUUUUGGCCGUCGCGUUCUCCCCUGAUGGCACACGAAUUGUGUCUGGCUCGGAGGACUGUACUAUCCGACUGUGGGAGUCGGAGACUGGCCAACUAUUGGGAGGGCCACUCCAAGGUCACGAGAGUUGGGUCAAAUGCGUUGCAUUCUCACCGGAUGGCUCACUAAUUGUCUCCGGGUCGGAUGACAAGACAAUUCGACUAUGGGAUUCAGAAACCUGUCAAUCUUUGGGAGAGCCACUCCGAGGUCAUGAAAAUCACGUCAAUGCCGUCGCAUUUUCACCAGACGGCUUGCGGAUCGUCUCUGGCUCGUGGGACAAGAACAUUCGACUCUGGGAGACCGAAACUAGGCAGCCUUUGGGGGAACCGCUUCGAGCUCACGACGGUGGCAUCAAGGCCGUCGCAUUUUCACCAGAUGGCUCACGGAUCGUCUCUGGCUCCUCGGACAGGACGAUUCGGCUAUGGGAUGUAGAUAUUGCUAUCUGCUCCAAGAGUCCCUACCAGAAAGACAUAGAGCCUUCAGGCUUAGAUUUCGGGCCCCAGCCACGGGGUGAUCCCUUGGGAAUCCAUGUACCUGGAUUCAAUCAUUGCUUAUUGUCUCAAGAUGGCUGGGUGCAAUCUUCCGAUAAGCUUCUUUUCUGGGUACCGCCAGACAAUCGUCACGGCUUGUGA